UUUUCCUCACACAGACACUCUUCUCCUUCUUCCUCAUCAUCUUCUUCCACCUAAGCCCAGUACAAGAAUUGACAGACAUGGAAUUCAUCACCAUGUUUUGCUGGUUUUCUUGCUUUCUCACAAUCUUUCUCUUCAAUUCACUCAUCAAGUACUCCAAAUCCAAAACAAGGGAAUUGCCACUCCCACCUGGAACCAUGGGCUGGCCUUACAUAGGAGAAACCUUUCAACUUUAUUCUCAAGACCCAAAUGUGUUCUUUGCCAACAAAAUCAAGAGGUUUGGUUCAAUCUUCAAGUCCCACAUUUUGGGUUGUCCGUGCGUGAUGAUUUCGAGCCCUGAAGCUGCAAAAUUUGUGCUCAACAAAGCUCAGUUGUUUAAGCCGACAUUUCCUGCAAGUAAAGAGAGGAUGUUGGGAAAACAAGCUAUUUUCUUUCACCAAGGAGUGUACCAUGCCAAUUUGAGGAGGCUUGUCGUUCGUACCUUCAUGCCUGAGGCUAUCAGAAAUAUGCUUCCAAACAUUGAAUCCAUUGCCCAAGAUUGCCUCAAAUCUUGGCAAGGCCAAUUGAUCACCACUUUCCGAGAAAUGAAAACGUUCACCUUCAAUGUCGCUCUGCUCUCGAUUUUCGGAAAAGAUGAGAUUUUGUACAGAGAGGAUCUGAAACGCUGCUACUACAUUCUGGAGAGAGGGUACAACUCAAUGCCUAUUAACCUUCCAGGAACACUGUUUCACAAAGCCAUGAAAGCAAGGAAGGAACUGUCCCAGAUCUUGGCUCAAAUCCUCGCCAAGAGAAGGCAAACGAAGCAAGAACACAACGACUUGUUGGGUUCGUUCAUGUGUGAGAAAGCAGGGCUCACCGAUGAGCAGAUAGCAGAUAACAUAAUCGGCGUCAUCUUCGCUGCUCGUGACACUACAGCCAGUGUCCUUACUUGGAUCGUUAAGUACCUUGGAGAAAACCCAGGUGUCCUACAAGCAGUCACAGAAGAGCAAGAGUCUAUUUUGGAGAACAAGGAGGAAAAUGGUGAAGAGAAAGGUCUGACUUGGGAAGAUACCAAAAAGAUGCCUAUAACUUCAAGAGUUAUUCAAGAGACUCUAAGGGUUGCUUCAAUUCUAUCUUUCACUUUCAGAGAAGCAGUGCAAGAUGUUGAAUAUGAAGGGUAUCUCAUACCAAAGGGGUGGAAAGUUCUGCCACUUUUCAGAAAUAUUCACCACAGUCCAGACAACUUCAAAGAGCCAGAGAAGUUUGAUCCCUCAAGAUUUGAGGUUGCUCCAAAGCCCAAUACUUUCAUGCCAUUUGGCAAUGGGACCCAUGCAUGUCCAGGAAAUGAACUUGCCAAGUUGGAGAUGUUGGUGCUUGUGCAUCAUCUAACCACAAAGUACAGAUGGUCUAUGGGUGGUGCUCAAAAUGGAAUCCAAUAUGGCCCUUUUGCUCUUCCACAGAAUGGCUUACCCAUCAGAUUAUAUCCCAAGAAGUAAAAUAACAAUAAUAAUAAAUAAUAAUAAUAAUAAUAAACUCCAUAUUGAAUCCUUAGAAGAAAACAACAUGCUUAUCAGAUUUCAGAUAUGACUUUAAAAGAAAAGAAAAGGCUUCAAAGUUGAGAAAUGGAAUUCAACUUUCUUGAGAGGAAACCGAAAGAGCAAGAAUUACACAAGUUGGAAAGGGAAGGAAAAUCCUUUCCCUUUCUUUUUGGCCCAAAGGGAAAAGUCGGUUAUUAGCAAACAAACAAGAGAGAAGUCAACUGUACAAAGGUGGUUUUAUUUCUAGCCAGAGCUGAUAGAAUUAUUGAUCUCAUCAUUCACUCUUUUUUAGGCUCAUUUGUGUUUAAUUUUUCAUAUAUGUAUAAAUGGAGGAAAAGUCCUCUAUAGAUUGUGCUGUUGUAUUCAUCCAAGCUUGUAUCCAUAAUUUUGCCGCAAGGCAAAAGAAAAUAUAUCUCAUUUUCUUAAGUUUAUUCA